AUGACAAAACGGCAGGCAAUUGAGGCAUUGGACAGAAGCAUGCGUGACAUCAUGGAAUGCCCAAACCGACCUUUCGGGGGCAAGACUAUUGUGUUCGGUGGGGACUUUAGGCAGGUGCUUCCUGUAGUGAGGAAAGGGUCACGAGGUCAGAUAAUCGACGCAAGUCUACGGAGUUCAAACCUCUGGAAGGGCAUGCGCCAACUAAGGCUUGUCAAGAACAUGAGGGCGCAAAGCGACGAGUGGUUCGCGGAUUACCUCCUAAGGGUAGGUAAUGGCACUGAGGAAACUGAUGAGGACGGAAACAUCCGGCUUCCGAAAGAUAUAUGCGUCUCGUCUACAGGUGACAACGCAGCUGAUAUAAAGAAGCUGAUCGACCAUGUGUUCCCUGCCCUAGACCACAACAUGGACAAUCCUAAUUACAUGACUUCUCGAGCUAUCCUCUCCACAAGGAAUGACAACGUCGAUGGAAUAAACAUGCACAUGAUUGAGCGUUUCCAGGGCGAGGAGAGGAUCUACUAUAGCUUCGAUAGUGCGGAGGACGAUCCACACGAGCUACUAUCCUCAAGAGUUCUCGAAUGA